CUUUCUCUCUCUUUCGACGGACCCGACGGACCACACCGUGGGUGAAGCCUGCUCGCCGUUAGCUUAAAAAAAGAAAAGAAACCGAAGUGCUUCGAAUUACUAGUUUCUGUGGAUAUUUAGGUGUUCUGACCGCUCAGCACUUCGUACAGCCUUUAUAAACCUUACAUUCAAGUAGAAAACAUGAAAAUCUGGACAUCGGAGCACACAUUCAAUCACCCAUGGGAGACAGUUGCACAGGCAGCAUGGCGUAAAUACCCCAAUCCCAUGAACCCAGCUGUGGUCGGGAUAGAUGUGGUGGACCGCCAGGUUACCGGCAGUGGAGUCCUCAAGAGCCACCGUCUCAUUAGUACACGAUGGGGACUGCCAGGAUGGGCACAAAAGAUCCUAGGAGCAGACCGCACCUGCUACGCAAGUGAGCAUUCUGUGGUGGACCCGUCCCAACGCACCAUGACUCUGCUUUCCAGAAACCUCACUUUCUGCAACGAAGUGUCCGUAGUGGAAAAGCUUACCUACACGCAACACCCUCAAGAUAAAGAACGCACUCUGCUAAAGCAAGAAGCCAUGAUCACAAUACGUGGUGUUCCUCUGAGCAGCUACCUGGAGAAUUUCCUGGCCAAUGCCAUUUCAUGUAAUGCUGGCAAAGGACGACAAGCAAUGGAAUGGGUAAUUGGAGUUAUAAACCAAGAGGUCCAGGAGCUCACUACAAAGACUGUAAAGAGUGUAGAUGAAAUUACACACACAGCACGAAGAAGCGUGGGAGACAUCACUUCUGCAGCAAAGAAGGGCAUGGAUGACCUGACACACUUAGCAUCGCCAGAACCACACUACCAUUUUAAAAAAUAAUUUCCCUUAGGCAGUCUAGGCACUUAACUAAUUUGCUGACCGUCAUAGGUUUAUUCAAAUGGACUGAUGUGCUUGCAGUUCUUGUCUGAACUUGGGUCAGAAAUGCAGUAUAAUAACAUGCACUUGAGUGACAGUAUACUUCAUGGUGAUAUGUGCCUCAUGGUAACGGUAUGCCUCUCUUGAUUGACAUUGGUUGUAUAAGGUGGCGUAUUGCCCUGUUCAGGCUUAUUCUGUGAAACAAAGCGUUACUGAAAUGCGUCAUUCAGCGAUUGUGAGA